AUGUUUUACAUUAGUGAAGAAUGUUUUCACCUAUCUAACUCAUGGAGUGGAGGCUUCACCGUACAGGAUAUCCUCUUCCUGCUGGGUACCCUUGGCAUCGCGGGUACCAUAGCAACGGUUGUAACUGCCACUACAGUUAUCGGCGGAGGCGGCUUUCUCCUCCUUAUAUCGCCGCUCCUGUUGCUCUUCUCCCCGAUCCUCGUCCCGCUCGCCAUCUUUGGCACCGUCGUUGGAGGUGGAGCUCUCUUCAUGGCGACGAUGACUGCUAUGGGAGUGGGUUCGCUCGUGUGGUUCAUCAACUACAUGCGCGGGAAGAAGCCCAUUGGAGCAGAGUCGCUGGAUUACGUGGCAGGUGGCGUGAAGGGCGCAACGGAGUAUGUGGGUGACAAAGUGAGCCACGUCACGCACUCUGCUUAUGAGGGCACGGCUAGGGUUCUCGGGACUGGAGGAGGGCCCACCUGGCAGGAGCAGCAGUACAAGACUUCCUCUGCUGCUGCCUAG